UUUCCAUUAUUUUCUAGAGAAUGAAGAUCUAGAAAUCACCAAGGCCAUCUCUGAUCUAGCACCCUAUCCCUCGCGCCACAGAGUUUCUCCAAGACUGUUGUGCCUUUCUGAAGAGCCCUUGAAUUGACAUGCUCUCUUCUUCUGGGAGGCCACAGAUGGUAUGUCCAGUGAGUAAGGAUGCCACAGAAGAUCUGCAGGGAGCAACUAAUCCCUCCAAGGCUCCAGCUUUGGUGGAACAGCAUUUGCUGCCUGCAGACCAGGCCCACGUCCGCAACCAGAUGGCCAAGUACCGAGUUCCACAAAGGUCUGGAGACAUUGUUAUGAUCCAGUCUGAGCAUACAGGAGCUAUUGAUGUUCUUUCAGCUGAUUUGGAAUCUGCAGAUCUUCUGGGGGACCACAGGAGAGUUUCCCCACCUCUGAUGGCUCCUCCAUGCAUCUGGACCUUUGCCAAGGUGAAGGAAUUCAAAAGCAAGCUGGGCAAAGAGAAGAACAGCCGUCUGGUGGUGAAACGGGGUGAGGUGGUGACCAUCCGGGUACCCACUCAUCCAGAGGGGAAGCGUGUCUGCUGGGAGUUUGCAACUGAUGACUAUGACAUUGGCUUUGGAGUUUAUUUUGACUGGACCCCUGUAACCAGCACUGAUAUAACUGUGCAGGUCAGUGAUUCCAGUGAGGAAGAGGAUGAAGAAGAAGAAGAGGAGGAGGAAAUUGAAGAACCUGUCCCAGUGGGAGAUGUGGAGAGAGGUUCCAGGAGUUCCCUACGGGGUCGCUAUGGGGAAGUCAUGCCUGUGUACCGGCGGGACAGCCACCGAGAUGUGCAGGCUGGCAGCCAUGACUACCCUGGUGAGGGUAUCUACCUGCUCAAGUUUGACAACUCCUACUCUCUGCUACGCAACAAGACUCUCUACUUCCAUAUCUACUAUACUAGCUGAAGGACUGCUGAGACAGAGGGCAGGCUGUAUUUGCUGGCUGACGCAGGCUGCCAGCCGGAGCCUCUUGUUUUAGAUAGACAAGAGCUGAAAGUUCCGCAGGAGGCUCCUGAGCCUCACGUCCUGCCUGGCAUGCCUGACUGUUGACCCCGUGUAGCUUUUUCCCCUUCUUGGCUUCUGCAGGUGGUGGUGUAGUCCCCUGUUCUGUGGUCCCUGACUCAUGCUCUUGUUGCUUCAGAUGCCAGCAAAUCCCUCUUUGAAGGCACCUAUCAGACAAAAGUCUCAAAGGAAGUAGGAUGAUGUCUUUUACAAAUAGAUUGGUGUUGGUACAAGGUUUAUCAGUCAGGUUGCUGCUUGCUCCUCUUGAGAGCCUAUAUCCCAAUGUGUUCAGUGGCACCCACCCUUUUUACUUUUUAAGGUGCCAGAAGAGGGAAAAGCACAUUGCCCAUGAAGGAGCCCAGUGUCUUGGACAGAAAAAGCUCUGUCCAUCCUCUCACCACUGCCAUAUUCCUGCCUGCUGGGUAUUCUUGUUCUCUAGCACAGGCUGCGAGACCUCACUGCCUUGGAGGGGUACUAUUAUUCCUGAUGGCUAGACCCCUCCUUUUUUCUCUUUCCUAAGUCUGUGUUUUUGCCAUGCAGCAAGAACUUUCAUGCAAUCUAAAGUGAUGAUCAGUGUAACCUAAGAUCUUCUGGGAGGAAAAAUGGGCUCUAUCACUUUCUGUUCCAAGAGCUACUUUCCCUUACCAAGGCCACUGGCAGUUGAUGCAGAAAGGGUGGAAAUUAGAUACUGAAUUGAUCUUGGAAUCCACCCUUGAAAUUCUAGUGUUACUCAAUUUUUUAAAAAUUUAAUCCAAGAAAGAGGGAUAUCAUCAGAGAGAGGUUUAAAAAAGAAAAAAAAAAAACACUCCAGAUUCCUCCACCACAUUUUUUUGUUUGUUUGUUUGUUUGGUUUGGAAUUAAAUGCAGUGAAACCCAAUCAGAUUUUCAAAGUUUCUGGAUUUAGGGUUUUUUGUAUUGAGGGCUAAAAGCUUUUGGUGUUCGAAGUCCCUUAGGAAAGGGACUGCUGCUGAUUGUACAUGUUCUUUACCUGACCAAAGCUUGCACCUGGUGACAGCCUUCCUCACUCUGUUCACCCCGAGGCCUACGAAUGCCAGAGUGCUAUGGUGCUGCAGCAAGCAGCCCCCGGGUGCCAGGGCCUCUGGGGAAGAAGGAGAACAGGGUGAGGCCAGGACUCCAGCAGUCAUCUGUUCCUCUUUGUUUCUUGUUCCUGUGUGAAGUCUGUUACUCCCGUUGAAUUUUGAAUAAUUAGAUUUAUUUAUUUAUUUAUUUUUUAAGCACAUUUCAUUUUUGCCUUUGAAACAGUUUCUUCUGUUUCUCAGAAGGCUUUCCCAUCUGCUCUGAGCCACUGAGGCCACCUCUUCUAUAGAGUUAAAAAUAAUUGUAGGAGAAUUUGGGAGGUGACUAUGUUCAUUCCUACAGGUCAGUCCUGUGAUGCUCUGGGAGGCAUCUGCCCCUUCAGAGAUGGAUGACUGCAGCCUGCCCCACGUGUAGGUGCAGUCCAGCACUCCUGUGAGGAGUUCUAAAUGGCGAGGGAGCCUACUUGUUCUCUGGGAAUUGAGUGCAGAGGAAUUGACUAGCCAAUCAGUGACUAGCCAAUCACUGUGAUUCCAGGAUUUCAAAGUCCUUUGCCUCCUCUGACACCUUUUCAUGAUGUUUUCUUUGGCUCAUUCCUUUGUUGUGUGGGUUCCUCACCCCAAGCCUAUCCUCCUACAGGAGUGGUCACUUGAACAGCAAGACUCCUCCCAGUAGGUCUGUAAUAGUGUCUAUGUCAGGAACAAAGGACCAUGAGUCCUAAGCCUCUGUUCUCCUGGGAGCAAAGCCGAAAGUAGGAUAGGGUGUUGUGGAUUGCCAUGGCAUUCCGUUCUCUUGAGUGGCAUCAUACCUCCACUGCAUAUGUGUUUUGUAGAGGAUCACACUGGCCAACAUUAAUAUAUCUUGUAAGAAAUUAUUUUAGUGACUGUUUGGGCAGUGGAGAGCAAAUAUGUCAUGGGUCAUUCGUUACAUAGCUUUGUGGCCACUCUUUCAUCAUGAAGUUGAAUCAUGCCUUAGCUAAUCAAAUAUGGUCUUUGUAAAAUAAUUUUCUACUGAGCUGUUUUUCAGUCGUUGAAAGCCUUGCUUAUUUUUUCCUGUUUAUUAUGAACCUAUGACUUUAUCUCAAUAUAGAGCUAUCAGGUCACAGGUAGCAAGCUCCCAGGGAUAACAUGCACCAUUUAUUUUUUUAUUUUUGUCAUGAGAGUCUCUUUGCUUAUUUUCUUUGGAAUCCUGGUUCUGUUGUAUCAGGGAACCAUGAGGGACUUGUUUUCAUCACCUCUAUGUGCCUGCUAUUGUCUGGUCAUUUCAAAGUCCUGGGCAUUCCUUACUGUUUUUUCCUCCAUAGUGUUUCUUGGUUUCAUUAGUACAAAUAGCUAAAAGAAGAUAAUCUCACAGUCUAAUGCAUUUACUAUUCUCAUAUUAAAUUUUUGGAAUAAUUGAACUUUAGAGACAAAAGUUAUUUACUAAAGCACAGGUAAAAUUACUUGAGAACCCACAGCCCAUCGAAUUCUAAAAGGUGGCCACUUCCUCAGGCUGUCCUUAUCCAUGUUUAUCAAACAGUGAAAUGAAGAUCCCUGGCUGUCACUCUCACUCUAUUCUCGGGAGCUCAAGUAAAUAUUAACAAACAGUUUGGAAGAAAGUCUGUAGGGCAGAUCUUGGAAUUCUCCACACAGAAUAGUUGAGUUCUAAAAUUUCUUCAGUCCGUUUCAUUUUCCUACUUUGUUGAUAGAUGGGGCAUUUGGAAAGGAAGUUCUAUUUAAAGUUGAUUUUUCCAACAUUUUACUAUGAAAAAGUUCAGUAAACAAAAUUAAAUAUAAACAUACACACAUGCCAUGUAGAUCUUAAAAUCAUAAAGUGCUAAUUUUAAAUAAAGAUGAUUCUAACUUUUUGUGCUUUUGACAAGUAUCCAGUUAGAGAAUGUUCCCUGCAUAGAGAGCACCAGCUCUCCUGUGUCAGGGUGCCCCUGGUUUUUAGCAGACCAGUUUCAUUCAACAUGGAUUACCUGAGACGUGGCCUUCACAAUAAUGGUUCUUUUUCUUUUUCAUCUUUCAAAAUUCAUGCUGUCUUUCUGCCUUCCCUCAGGCUAUGAUUUCUGCCACCGUUCCCUCUAACUGGCAUUUCAGUGUGAGGGUAACUGGGAGGCUGCUCUGGAAAGACUUGAUUCUAAUCUCUAUUGCUUUAUGAUACACCCUCAGGACUCUGAAAUUCAAACUCAAUCCUCCUUUAUCACUAAAGUAGGUAGCAACUUGAAAUUAGACUAUGCUUAAUUUUUAAUUAAUUGAUUUGUAUGCUUUUUAAAAUAUUUUAAUCUAUUUAGGAAAGCAAAAUGAACUUUUUUAAAAAGUAUUAUUUCGUUUUAGUAGGGAUAUAGAAGAGUUAAAUUCAUAAGCUUGCUGCCUUUUAUUAAUCAAUGGGAUUAUAUAUUGUGAAAUUCACAGUAUACAAAUUUUGUAUUUUGAUAAGCCCCACCUAAUUCUCUCCCUCUUUGAGAGAAUUAGGUGAAUCCCAAGCCCUAAAGUCUGUGUUUUUAUAUUUUAUUUUUAAAGACCACUUUUCUGCAAAAAGUUGCCUUUAACCUCAGUCUGUGGUUGUAAGGUAUGGAGCUGAGGGACUCUGUAUUUACAUGAAAGACUAGUUCUAGCAGAGGGUGGCAGGGGUGCAAGGUAAACAGUUUUGUGUGGCUUGAGAACUGCCUUUUAAAUUGAUCAAAAGGAGUGCUAUCAGGAUAAAACAGGAGGGAGAGCAGAGCUAUGGAAUAUAUCCUGGGAUUUUACUCCUAUCCCAUUUCAUUGAAUGUUUGAGUUGCAUUUCAUUCACUGGAAUUAUUCUCUAAGCCAGGAGCUUUCUUGGUUUCCUUGUGCUUUCUUGGGGAUUCCCAAGCCCAAUUUGCUGACUUUUGCAACAGGACCACUAGUAGGUCUCCUCUGCUAAGUGUAAUCCUGACGUGAGGAUUCAUUUCAUCUCUCUGUUCUUUGGGAUUUAAAAGUAUUUAGUGCCAUGGAAAAAAUGGUAGAAUUAGAGAGAGGCUUAGAGGAGUCAGUUCCAGAUGUGGUCUGAAUAUGGCCAAGAAGGGGAUGGUCAUUUGACCAACAUCACAGAUGAGCCUAGAACUACAGGAGGGGGUUUGGGUAACACAUAGACCCCCACAGGCCGACCACAGGGACAUGGUUAGCCUGUGUUGGAUGGGCAGACACAGGGUACCGAGUACAGCAGGCUACUCUCAUUCUUCCCCCAUUAAACUUUCUACUUAAUAGUUUUUCCUGGGGCUAAAAGAUCCACAGCAACCUCUUUAAGUUUCUUUCCACAUUGCCCAAAGUGAAGAAUGCCUAGAAACCAAAAUUUGUCGCAAUAAAGAAGCCUACCACCCCUGCAGAGUCAAGGUGGUUGAAGAUAGAAAGUGAACCUGCCUGGUGGAAGGAAGGAAGGUAACUCCGUUGCUGUUUUAGGAGGAAGGCUUGUGAAGACUGUUUGACAGAGAGUAGGUCCUUGUAUUCAUUGUGAUUGUGCUCAGGGAGCUACUGAAUGUGCUUCUUUGGGAGAAAGUAGGGAAUGAGUAUUGAAAAUCAGUCAUGAGAUACCAGGUGCGGUGGCACACGUCUGUAAUCCCAGGAGGAUUACAAAUUUGAAACUAACCUCAAUAAUUUAAUGAGACGCUGACUCAAAUUAAAACAUAAAAAAGAAGUGCUGGGGAUGUGGCUCAGUGGUUAAGUGACCCUGGGUUUGAUCCCUGGUAUAAAAGAAAAUCACUCACACCUGGGUGUUUGCUUUCCACUGAUCCAGUGCUCUGCCUCUGGUGACCUCUAUGGGAAUGGGAGGAGACAGGCAAGUACUGCUUUGGCUGUGUGUGUCAGGUGAAGGUCAGUGGCUGUCUUUUGCUCUAUCUAAUCCAUCUAGCACUUCUGGGCAUUCCCAAGUACAUCCCAUUAUUUAGGUGGUGAGGUUAGGGCAGAAUUUGUGACCCAAAGAGAAACUUUGUUAAGCAGGUUUCAGAAUCACUGCUCCCUCUGAAGUGUCUCAUUGUUCCUGCUUGAACCAAGAAGGUUACAUAGAACCUCUCCUAUUUGAAUCCCUUAUCUCCAAGCUAAGGAAAUACAAUGAAUAGUCUGCAGACUGCAGUAGUAUAGAUGGUAUGGUUCAUUUAUAAAUUGACAUUCCUCACAAACCAAGUCCAAGGGCAAGACACUGGCUGUGACGUUGUCUGUAGUCCUGGCCACUGGUUUGAACUCAUUAUCUGAUUUCUGUUUUACGUACCUUGAAUUUCUUCUAGGCCCAAGGCAUUUGUGCCACAGAUACCGUCAUGGCUUUUUUUCAUCCUAAGAUAUGAUGAAAAGGUGCCCUAGAAAUCUAGACACAUAGGCUACUUGAUGAAAUUUCAGUUUUUUGUAUCAUUUUAAGAAGAUAGUUUUGGCUUGAGGAUGAAAAAUUAGGUGAAAUGACUUUCAGGGACAAAGCAUAUUUUCUAAAGUUCUGAUACAGGUUCAUGAAGAAUUCUGAAGUUUGGGUUGAAAUAUCAUAGUACAUAGUAUUGCCAAAGAGCCCACAGUUCACUGUCAACUUAAGGGGCUCUUCCUGAACUCUCCUCAUCACUCAGGGUUGAAAUGCCUCAUCCGUAAUGCUCCUUGUUAUUGACUGUCAUUGUUGAUUCUUAGGUUCAGGCCAGGAAUCAUCUGGAAAUCAUUAUCUUAAUUCCUUCUCUCAUGUCCUGAAUAGUACAUUUUACUAAGAAAUUUUCUGUUAAAAAUACUAUUGUGUUCCUUUUUGAAAUUAUUGUCCCAUAAGUGAAUUAGCUUUUAUUUAAUCCAGUUGAGUUAUUUCCAUUUAGUUAUGUUAAAGAACAAGUCAAGUCUGGAGAAAGCAAUCCCAUGACCCAUGACUCUGGUGUAUCCAUAUUUCCUUAAUAACAAUGGGAAGUGUUUUGAAAUUCCCAGAGGAAACGCUGGGAUGCUUUGUAAAAAAAAUGAAAGCAUUUACAAAUGCGUGUAGUCAGAGUGAUGGACUAGAAGAAAGCAGACUGGGAAUGGAUGAUGGGAGUGCAGGGAGGUGCUUGAAGAUUUCCUAAACCACUGCUGCACAGCAUGUAGCUCACGUUUCUGGAGGUCCUGCUUUCGUGCCAUCACUCAGAUUUAUCAGUUGAUUGAAAAGCGAUCAUGUUUUCCUGAUAAAUAUUUAAGCAAUUGGCAACCACGAAGAUGUUCUUUCCGUACUGUGCUACAUCAUUCACUGAUGCUGAAUUUACAAAAGGGGUCUGGAAGGAAAUCUGUAUCACAGUUUUGUCUUUUUUAUACAAAAGUAUCGUUUAUCAUUUAUCAUUAAUCGUUUAUCAUUUAUCAUUAAUCAUUUAUCAACUUGUUUUACAUGUCACCCUCAUGAGAAAUGCUGUCAAUAUUUCCUAUAAUUUUCACGUUAAGAACUCUGUACCAAAUUGUAUUUGAGUCUUGUGUCCUGCUGAGAGGUUUUUCUUUUACAAUACCAUAUUUUAUCACCCUGUGGCAUUGAGUGUGUUGCUGUGAUACAGUGAUGAUCCUGAGCUAUGGUUCUUUAAAUAGCUCAGUUCUCAGUGUUUUUAUAUUAUGUAACAGUUUUGUGAUGCUAUUGUGCAUUUCUUUGUCUUCUCUUCCAAGUUUUGAAAUCUGUCAUAAAUAAACUUUUUCACUGUGCACCUGGAA